AUGGAAGGGUGCUCCGUCCUCAGGGUCACCAUGCUGUUCCUGAUCCUCCUGCUAGUUCCAGAACUGCACAUGGCAGGCACCCUUGCAUCUGGAUCCUCUGCCCGGAACCUGCCGGAGACCCACUCCCACCUCCCCAGCUCUGCACUGUGGGUGUCUCAGGCAAGCCAUCAUGGCCGUCGGGGCCUGGGGAAGAAAGACAGGGGCCCAGGCAGGCCUAGCCGGGCCCAGGAGGGGGCUGUGGUCACUGCUACCAAGCAGACGUCCCAGAUGACACUUGGUCAGCCCCCUGCUGGCCUUCUGCAGAACCAGGAGCUGCUUCUGGGGCUGGCGCUGCCCUACCCCGAGAAGGAGGCCCGGUCUCCCGGUUGGGAGAGGGUGAAGAAACGUGGCAGAGAACACAAGAGGCGCAGGGACCGUCUGCGACUGCACCGAGGCCGAGCUGCCAUCCGUGGCCCCAGCUCCCUCAUGAAGAAGGUGGAACCCUCUGAAGACCGGAUGCUGGAGGGUACCAUGGAGGAGUCUUCCACUAGCCUGGCCCCCACCAUGUUCUUCCUGACCACGGCAGACGAUGCCACGCCUACUACAGAAGAGUCCCGGAUCCUGCCUGUCACCUCCCUGCGGCCCCAGACACAGCCCAGGUCUGAUGGGGAGGUGAUGCCCACACUGGACAUGGCCUUAUUUGACUGGACGGAUUAUGAAGACUUAAAGCCAGAGGUCUGGCCUUCUGCAAAGAAGAAAGAGAAACACUGGAGUCAUUUCACCAGUGACGGUAACGAGACCUCGCCAGCUGAGGGGGACCCGUGUGACCAUCACCAGGAUUGCCUGCCAGGAACUUGCUGUGACCUCCGGGAACAUCUCUGCACACCCCACAACCGGGGCCUCAACAACAAAUGUUUCGAUGACUGCAUGUGCAUGGAAGGGCUGCGCUGCUAUGCCAAAUUCCACCGGAACCGCAGGGUCACUCGGAGGAAGGGGCGCUGCGUGGAACCGGAGACAGCCAACGGGGACCAGGGAUCUUUCAUCAACAUCUAGCGCCCUAGUGGUGCCUCCCCACCGGCCCGGGGUCUGAGCCAGGGAGGUUUAGGACAAACAGGACCGUAUUAAUAACUAGCUCAGCUUGGGCUGAGUAGAGAACCGAUGGCUGAGGCCGCAG